AUGCAACCGCAACAGAGAUCGUCCAUUCCCUCCAAAUCCACCAAAGAAUCCAACAACAACACAAAAACACACAACACGGAUUACUUGACGACUAGUAAUGGAAACAAUGUAUCAACAACAACAACAACCAACAAUACACCUUGGCUACCAUCUGCCACCACUGAAUCAUUCCACAACAAUACAAAAAACACCACUAGCAUGACUUCAGAUCAUCCGUUUGGGCCUUUUCAAAUUCACCAACAACAACUCGAUAUAACGAUAACAACAACAACACAAACACCACCCACUCAACACUACCCAUUGUUGUUCUCAUCAUCCUCUUCCAUUUCACCAUCGCCACCAUCCUCCUCAUCAUCAAUAUCGAACCAAUUUACGCCAACGAGUAAUGCUCAUCCUCCUCCUUCUCUCAUCUCCAAUAUGGUCAACAACUCAUUUCCGAAUUCAACUCCAAUGAAUAUUUCCUCCCUGUUACCGUUUGCUAUUUCACCACCUCCAACACGCUUCUUUUCAAUGCUUGUUUCUUCAAGUAGUAGCAAUAACAACAACAUUAAUCAUCAACCACAACAAACAUUACCAACUCAAUCUGUUUCAUCAUCCACUACUGAUGCUGCUAUUGGAGUAAGUAGUAUUGGUGGCACUGUCGGAAAUUACCAAAGUAACAACAACAACCGCAUUCAUCCAUCAUCUCCUCAACAUUACCUCUCAAACGAUAAUACUCUCUUCUCCUCAACAACAAUUCCACUCCAGCCAGCAAUGCCUACAGGAACUAAUGAGAGAGGACAACAACAAAACGUGUUUAUACCAAGCAUUCAUGCCAAUUUUACCACAUUUUCUGGCACUGGUCAAGGAUCAAAUAACACUUCAUCACAACCACCUCCAACAACAACAACAGAUAAUUAUUCUUCAACGUCACAAUCAAUGCAUUCUGAUGAAGGGAAGGAUGUAAUCAAUAUUGGGCCAAACAAUUCGUCGACGUUAUCGAAUAAGCCUCCCUUGGAUGCUCCAGCAGCUGUGUUAUUAUUGGAGCCUCCUCACUUUCGACGAUCAUUGACGAUCACCAUCCGACAAUUCCCACAUCACUCUACUUUACAAGAAAAACUCAAAUGA